AGGGGCUGAGAAAGUGGUGACACCGCCGGGGUGCGGAGGGAGUCCCUGAAACUUCUCCCAACAGCCCCAGGGCCAAUCUCCUUUCAGCCCACUCCCCUCUUCGCCAGCUCCCAGGUCCCCACUCCCUGCAUCGGGGGUGGGGUGGGGGGCCAGGCUCGUCUCCCGCUGGGACACACACAGGGGCCGGGAACGGGGACGGGACCCCCGAGGCGGGGGGACGGACCGACAGACAGACGGCCGGCUCCCGCCCCAGCGGGCAGGCAGGAGGAGGCGGAGACGGGGGUACGACGGGGAGGACUGGGUCUGGGAGUUUCCUCUCAACUACCGGGGGAGAAACUCCCCGCAGCCGGAGGAAAGACCCAGACGGUGUUUUCCUCCCGGGGGCCGCGCUCCCCCGCCCCGCGUAGCGGCGGUCGCCGCCGCCGCCACCGGCGCCUCCACCUCUACCAUCUCCUCUUUCUCCACCACCGCGGGCCCCGGUGUCCCCGGCCAGCACUAUGCCCAUCUUACUGUUCCUGAUAGACACGUCUGCCUCUAUGAACCAGCGCAGCCAUCUGGGCACCACCUACCUGGACACGGCCAAAGGCGCGGUAGAGACCUUCAUGAAGCUCCGCGCCCGGGAUCCUGCCAGCCGCGGAGACAGGUAUAUGCUGGUCACUUUCGAAGAGCCGCCCUAUGCUAUCAAGGCCGGAUGGAAAGAAAACCAUGCAACGUUUAUGAAUGAACUGAAAAACCUUCAGGCUGAAGGACUUACGACUCUUGGCCAAUCCCUAAGGACAGCUUUUGAUUUAUUAAAUUUAAAUAGAUUAGUAACUGGCAUAGACAACUAUGGGCAGGGAAGAAACCCGUUUUUCUUGGAGCCAGCAAUAAUUAUUACAAUUACUGAUGGGAGCAAGUUGACUACUACCAGUGGAGUCCAGGAUGAGCUCCAUUUACCUCUUAAUUCUCCUUUGCCUGGAAGUGAAUUGACCAAGGAACCUUUUCGUUGGGAUCAGAGACUCUUUGCAUUAGUGUUGCGGUUGCCUGGCACCAUGUCAGUAGAAUCAGAACAGUUGACAGGUGUGCCUUUAGAUGACUCUGCAAUCACACCAAUGUGUGAAGUGACAGGCGGUCGCUCUUACUCUGUAUGUUCUCCAAGAAUGCUUAAUCAGUGUCUGGAGUCCUUGGUGCAGAAAGUGCAAAGUGGAGUAGUAAUAAACUUUGAAAAAGCAGGACCAGAUCCUUCCCCUGUAGAAGAUGGGCAGCCAGAUAUAUCAAGGCCUUUUGGAUCUCAGCCUUGGCAUAGCUGUCACAAACUCAUAUAUGUCAGGCCAAAUCCCAAAACUGGGGUUCCUAUAGGUCACUGGCCUGUUCCAGAGUCUUUUUGGCCAGAUCAGAAUUCUCCAACACUACCACCUCGUACAUCUCAUCCUGUAGUGAAGUUUUCCUGUACAGACUGUGAACCAAUGGUUAUUGACAAAUUACCUUUUGACAAAUAUGAGUUGGAACCUUCACCACUGACUCAAUUUAUCCUGGAAAGGAAAUCUCCUCAAACAUGUUGGCAGCCUCUGAGGAAAGCUGUUAGAAUGAUGGGAGCACCUAACCUCAUAGCAGACAGUAUGGAAUAUGGACUAAGUUACAGUGUCAUUUCAUACCUCAAAAAAUUGAGUCAACAGGCCAAAAUAGAAUCUGAUCGAGUCAUUGGAUCUGUAGGCAAAAAAGUAGUACAGGAAACUGGAAUUAAAGUCCGAAGCCGAUCACAUGGUUUAUCAAUGGCCUAUAGGAAAGAUUUUCAACAACUCCUCCAGGGAAUUUCAGAGGAUGUUCCUCAUAGACUGCUGGACCUGAACAUGAAAGAAUACACUGGGUUCCAAGUUGCUUUGCUCAAUAAGGAUUUAAAGCCACAGACAUUUAGAAAUGCAUAUGACAUACCUAGACGGAAUCUUUUGGAUCACUUAACAAGAAUGAGAUUUAAUCUUAUGAAGAGCACCCGAAGAUUUCUUAAAGGACAGGAUGAAGAUCAAGUACACAGUGUUCCUAUAGCACAAAUGGGGAAUUACCAGGAAUAUCUCAAGCAAGUACCUUCUCCACUAAGAGAACUUGAUCCUGAUCAGCCUCGAAGGUUACAUACAUUUGGCAACCCUUUUAAGCUGGAUAAAAAGGGUAUGAUGAUAGAUGAAGCAGAUGAAUUUGUGGCUGGACCUCAAAAUAAACAUAAACGACCUGGAGAACCAAAUAUGCAAGGGAUCCCUAAAAGACGUCGCUGUAUGUCUCCACUGCUGAGAGGCAGACAGCAGAAUCCAGUUGUGAACAAUCAUAUUGGAGGAAAAGGACCACCUAUACCUAUGACUCAAGCACAGCCAGAUCUUAUUAAACCCCUUCCUCUUCAUAAAAUUUCAGAAGCCAGUAAUGAUUCCACAAUAGAUGAUGUGGUUGAAAAUCAUGUUGCUGACCAACUUUCAUCAGAUAUUACACCAAAUGCUAUGGAUACUGAAUUUUCAACAUCAUCUUCUCCAGCCAAUUUACUGGAACGACCAACCAAUCAUACAGAGACUCUUGGUCAUGAUCAUUUAGGAACUAAUGACCUCACUGUUGGUGGAUUUUUGGAAAAUCAUGAGGAGCCAAGAGAUAAAGUACAAUGCCCUGAAGAGAAUAUACCAGCAUCUUCACUCAACAAAGGGAAGAAAUUGAUGCAUUGCAGAAGCCACGAAAAAGUCAACACUGAACUAAAAGCACAAAUAAUGAAAGAGAUUAGAAAGCCAGGAAGAAAAUAUGAAAGAAUCUUCACUUUACUGAAGCAUGUACAAGGCAGUUUACAAACAAGACUAAUAUUUUUACAAAAUGUCAUUAAAGAAGCAUCAAGGUUUAAAAAACGAAUGCUAAUAGAACAACUGGAGAACUUCUUGGAUGAAAUUCAUCGAAGAGCCAAUCAGAUCAACCAUAUUAAUAGCAAUUAAAAGAAAACAGAAUGUGGCCACUUAUUUCACUAUAUCUUCUCCAAAUACAAAGUAAAUACAAGACUGUUGUGAUUUUGCAUUCAUUUUUUGACAUGCAUUGUUGGCUAUUUGAAAUACUAAGAGCAAGUCUACAGAACCUUUCUCAUCAUUUUACAGUGACCUUUUCAUUUUGGUUUAUUUUUGUAAUGUGAAAAGUAUCACUCUAAAAACCAUUUUUAUUUAACAAACUAAAAAUAUUCCUUCAAAUCUCUUGCUUGUCAUGGACUCUUGCGUGUCAAUUUCCCUCAGGUUCUAUUUUCUUAAACCAACCUUUAAAAUUGUCACCUCUGUUAAGGUUGAACUUUGCCAAAAAAAUAAAAAAGAAGUUACUUUGUAAUUUUUGGGGAAAAAAGCACAUACAUUAAAACUAGGUAAUGUUUUGUAUAUACAGUUAUUUUGGAUAUAUUAUUGUAAGUUGUACAAAUGUAUUUUGAAGAAUAUUUAAGAAAAGCACUUUUGUUAUUCCAUCAAUAAAUGCUCUAUUUUACUCUUGUGUGGUUUAGGAAAUAAUCACAUUUAAAGAAAUCAUUUAAAACUAUCUUAAGGUAAUGGAAUUUUAAAAGCUUUGCUUUAUAGCAUUGAAAAAAAUACACCACUUGAAGUUCAUAUUUGUUAAACCUAACUGUAAUUACUUGGUACAUAAUCUGCAUUGUCUUUUUUCUAUAUGUUCUUAUCUUUUGUUGGUCAUGCCAAAGUACUCCCAUUUCUGCCCAGAGAAUGGAAUCAACAAUAUCUGUAGCAGAUAGGCAGAUACUUUAAAAGCUGUUUAAAAAGCAGACACCUUUGGACAUUAUUGGUUUCCUUAUUUCCCUUCAACCCCUUUUCCUUUCUUACUAGGAUUGUAGAUGGCUCAGAGUUGAAACUGUUAGGGAGUUGUAAGUUUGGGGAACAUCACAUACUCUGAAAUAGCUUCCUGUUAGCAGCUUGAUGCCAUACUUACAAAAGUCCCAUAAAUUGGGAGUUCAAAGGGGAUCUCUUUGUUCUCUGCUAUUCUCAUACAUAAACUCUCCAUUUUAUUUGAAGCUAAAUGAAAAGGAAACACAUUAGGAUGACUUGGCUCAUUUUGCAUUACCCCCCGUUUACCUGGGACAAGGAAAAACAAACACUAUUCAUUGUCCACCUUCAGUAAAGUGGCCUCAUGUCCAUACUGAGGACACGACCCUAUGACCUGACUCACCAUUCAUAUAUCACUGCUGUGCCUUGUAGUGCUUUGGGGUAGCCAGUAGAAAAAGAAAAAUGCAUUUAGAUUAAGUGGGUGAAAUAAAUUUAUAAAAUUAUAGUAAAAUUGAAGUAUUUUUAGGUUCAUAACAUUUGAAAAUUACAUACCCUUAUCUUUUUACACUUUAGUAGAACAGUUUUUACAUUUCAAGGGUAUAGGGUAAUGAAAUUGUAACUUUUUAUGAAGAAAAGCAUAGAUGAAAGUGGAGAACAUGUUUGAGAUCUGUUAAUUUUUUUAGUCUAGGGGAUUUGAAACUCUCCUAAUACUGAAGAUAAACCCUGUCAAGAAAAAGAAGCAUGUAUAAUGUUACAUAGUAUUUUCAUAUGCAAUUCUUUAAACCUUUUUUACCUCUACUAACUUUCUUUAAGCAGGAUGUCAUUUAAUAGAUGGAAUUGUUAAGGUAAUUAUCUACAGUCACAUUGCUAAAUUCAGCAAGAGUUACACAAAAUCCAGAAUAUAUUGUCUGGUCUUAAAUUAUAUAUAAAUGUUUAUAUUCCGAGAUUAAUGGAAGGGAUUACAUACAAGUCAUUCAGAUAAAAAUUCAUGCUUAAGAAUAUUUAGGAAAGGGAUUCAGUCUAUUCCAAUAUUUAGUGUCCUUAUCAAAAAAAUUCUAAUUUUCAUUUCAAAAGUUGCUUAUGAGCUACUAAUCCUUUAGACUCUUGACCUUUAAUCCAUUGUUGGGGGGAUGAACCUUAGAAAGAGUUGUAAAGAAGCAGUUUAUUCAAUCUCUUUUUGUCAAACUCUGCCACAGUACUCUACACGCUCAUCCUAAAACCUAGUCACAAGGUUUGAAACCCAUUGAAAUUCAAGCUUAAUAUCCCACCUCUAUCAGGCUUUCUGCAUUUUAAGAAACUUAGCUUAUAUUUCAAUUAGUGAAAUACUGUAGAAUUCUUAUAAGCAAAGGGGAAGUGGACUAUAUUUGAGUGAAAUACGUCUGUUAGGCCUUUCAGCUCGCUGGUGACUAGGCUGGACAAAUUAUAUUUUUCAACAGUUAAAUCUUGAGAUAAAGAGUUUUUCUUAAUGGUCUCAUGUGUCCCAUUUGUCAAUUGAUGAGUCAUUAUUUGCCCUUAUUAGUAAGAUUGAUCAAUUUGGUAUACUGAAGGCUGAGACUCAUUUUUAUCUCUUCAAUACCCCUGUCACCAGAAGAGUGUCCAUCCACUUGUGUGAUGCGGGUAAGUAUCUCUGAGAAAGAGAGGUAAAUUAAUUCACAGGGACUAUAGAUGUGCAGCAGAUUAUGUCACUGGUUUUGGAUUGGCCUUAUGUUUUCAUUCUCUGUUUACUAAGGCAAUUCUACAAACUAUCAUCGAAAUGGUAGUGUGUCCUUUACUACUUCAAAGAUUUUAUAGUCAUUUUUAAAAUAUAUUUUAUUGAUUUUUUACAGAGAGGAAGGGGGAGAGAGAGUUAGAAACAUCGAUGAGAGAGAAACAUCGAUCAGCUGCCUCCUGCACACCUCCCACUGGGGAUGUGCCUGCAGCCAAGGUACAUGCACUUGACCGGAAUCGAACCUGGGACCCCUGAGUCCGCAGGCCGACGCUCUAUCUACUGAGCCAAACCGGUUAGGGUGAUUUUACAGUCAUUUUUAUGCAGUUAAAUUCCAAGAAAGAAAUUGUUCUCGUAACUGUCAUCAACUUUUAUUGGCUAUCAGCUUUUGACAAUGACCUUUCUGUUCCAAUUUAGUCUCCUGUCUGUCUUAAGGGAGUAGAACCUGUCAUCUUUCAUUUUUGACAUGUAUGUUUUCUAAGGGCUCUCUGUUGCUUGUUCUGAGUGAUAUGUGUCAUUUUCAUCUAAUAUGUAUGGGGUUGGGAUGAUUACUAGCAGGACAUAUCUGUUGAUGGACCUUUUCUCCCCAAAUAAUCCCAAAAUGAUCAUUUUCAUCCUUUUUGUCACAAAAGUGUUCCUUUGAUUUCUAGCACAACUUGCAGCAGUAUGCAAAUGAUUCUCAGAUAAAAUGAUGUUGACAAUAUUUCCUUAAAAAUUUGUGUAAAGCCUAUGCCUAAUUUUCAUGAUUCUAACUUUUUACUUUUUUCUCUCCAUAAAUAAAAAUAAUGCCUGAUGUUUAGUUAAAG